UGCAAUGCAAUAUGGCAAGUUCAGUGGUCGUGCUAAUUUUUUGGAGCUUGUUGAGUCUUUCGCAUGGCCCAGUAUCCGUGUUUGCGCGGGACCAAUUCAUCAUUAAAGAAAUGAAAAUGGAGUGUCGUCGUCUGAUAUGCGGUGAAAAAUCACGCUGUGUGUACAGAAGGAGUUGGUGCCGGUCACCACCCUGUCCCAGCAUGGUGUUUUGCAGCAAGGAGGAAAACAGCCCUGUACGAACACCAAGCUCAUGCGACAGUGUGAGAUGCUCUCGAAGCUAUCGUUGCAGUACGAGAUACGUAAAAGACCAGAGGACAGGUCUCGACACAGACAUUAGAGCCCGCUGUAUCGCUGGAAGUGAGUUGAAAUACCAGGCCGCAAGUUGCGCUGGAUUCAAAUGCCCAGGUGCUCGUCUAUCCUGCAUACUUCGCGAGCCAAAAUGCCGGGGGUUUCCCUGCCGCGUCCUUCAGGCCUGCAUACCGGAAGACGAAGCGGUCCGGUUCCACGCGCAGUGCAUCCUCAUGAACUGCUCGUCCCCUGAUCACUGUUUUCUUCGGCAACCGCAGGGCUGCACAGCUGUAAACGGAUGCAGUCACGAUGUGGCCUGUCUUCACAGGCUCGGAGAUAAAUUCCUGCACCAUGCAUGUCGUGGUGUCGUGUGCACCGGAGGCUCGAAGUGCGAGCCCGUUUUCGAACCGUGCAGCACUGGAGGACACUCGUGCAACGCGCGACCCGGAUGUCCAUCUAAAUUCGGGAAUACCAGCAUUGCUGGUCAACCGAGCGUACCGCCUAGGGUCACUCCAGGAAUUCCGGGGAUUCCCGAAGCUCGACAGAUUCCUCAGUCUCCUUGAUGCCACCAGCCACAUACACGCAGAGGGAUCGCAGACAAACAUACGACUAUGCGGGGUGUCUACAGAACCUUGAAGACCUGGAAUAAGCUUUGAAUUUUUUUAGAGCCUUAAAAACCUGAAUAUAGCCUGGACUUUCAAUCCUGACCUUGAGAUUUUUCCGUUGUGUUAUUUUUUGAUACAAUUUAGGUUGUCAAAUCGAUUACAGAUCUGUAAAUACGUUCAAAGCUGGUAUAAAAAAAGGUGAAUAAAACGUAAAAACAAUGCAUUUCACGGUAAAGAAGUUUCUGAGUCUGUUGUACCCCUUGUACAAUAUUUCUCUGUUUUACCUGUAAGGUGGCCGUUUUGACAUGGUAUUUUCUCUUUGUCACUCACCGUAAAUAUUGGCAAUGCAAUGUAAGCAUAUCAGUUUUGAAAAUUGAUUCGUACUUGAUUCUAAUAUGUCGUAAUAGUAUAAAUUAGGGAAAUAAAACAACAUUAUUUACGGAUUCUAUUCAUCGUUAGCUAUGUUAUGUGAUACGACUAUAAAUACUUGAAGCGACAAAAAAAAAUUUUUUAAUGAUCAGUAAUAAAAAUUG